AAAGCGCGCGCCUGUACUUGAAAAACGAGCGUGUACGUAUUUCACGUACGUACGAUACACAUUGACUCUUGUGUGAAAUCUCCAUUAAAAUAUGAGAUUUUGACCAUUAUACAGCCAUUAAUUCAGAUCUGACAGUCAAGAUGAAUGGAGACCUCAAUCAUUCGAGUGCUAAUGGAGCAUGCGGAGAGAGGGUUGCUAUUUUAGAUGCAGGUGCUCAAUACGGCAAGGUGAUUGACAGGAAAGUACGAGAACUUUGUGUGAAUUCUGAGAUUCUACCCUUAGAAACUCCUGCUUUCAUUUUGAAAGAAAAACAGUACAAAGCUAUCAUAAUCUCAGGGGGUCCAAACAGUGUCUAUGCCGAGGAUGCCCCGACCUAUGACCCUGCGAUCUUCCACUGCGGACUUCCUGUUCUAGGUAUCUGCUAUGGCAUGCAGAUGAUGAAUAAGGAAUUUGGAGGGACCGUUCACAAGAAGGACACCCGGGAAGAUGGCCAGUUUACGAUCACAGUCGACCCUUCAGUAUCCCUCUACAGAGGUCUUGAUAAGCAGCAGAACGUGCUGUUAACACAUGGAGACAGCAUAGACAAGGUGGCAAAAGGCUUUGUGGUGGCUGCUAAAUCAGGGAACAUUGUUGCAUCGAUUUCCAACGAGAAGAAACGGUUAUACGGAGUACAGUUCCAUCCCGAGGUAGACCUUAGUGAGAACGGUAAGCAGAUGCUGCAAAACUUUUUGAUGGAGAUCGCAAACUGUGCCGGAUCUUACACGAUGGUCAGCCGAGAAGACUCCUGCAUACAAGAAAUACAAAAGAGUGUCGGCAACAAUAAAGUACUGGUUCUUGUAAGUGGUGGUGUGGACUCAACAGUGUGUGCUGCUCUACUCAGGAAGGCGUUACGAGCAGACCAAGUGGUGGCGCUGCACAUAGACAAUGGUUUCAUGAGAAGAAACGAGAGCCAACUGGUCGAGGAGUCACUUAGUAGACUAGGCCUCAAACUUAAAGUUGUUAAUGCUUCCCAGUCAUUCUACAAUGGCACCACCUCAGUUCCCGUUGAUAAGACCGAUCCAAAGUCCCCCAAACGCAUCACCAAGACACUGAACCUUACGAUCAACCCGGAAGAGAAGCGUAAGAUCAUCGGCGACACAUUCAUGCAGAUUGCUGACGAAGUCUGCGUGGAGCUCAAUCUCAAACCGGAAGAUACCAUUCUUGCUCAGGGGACCUUACGUCCGGACUUGAUAGAAAGUGCUUCAGCGCUUGCCAGCUCUAAUGCAGAGGCUAUCAAAACCCACCACAACGACACCGAACUAGUACGACAGCUCAGGGCUAAAGGUCGCGUCGUCGAACCUUUGAAAGACUUCCAUAAAGAUGAGGUGCGAGCCUUAGGCAAAGAUCUGGGUCUUCCAUUGGACGUAGUACACAGACAUCCCUUUCCAGGUCCUGGUUUAGCAAUCAGAGUUAUAUGUGCAGAUGAGCCAUACAUUGGCAAGGACUUCUCAGAGACAAAUAUCCUAUUAAGAUUACUAGUCAACUAUGCAGAGUCAAUGGAUAAGCCCCAUGCAUUAGCAAGUAAGAUCAGUUCAGCAAUGUCAUCCGAUGAGAUAGAUCAGCUUAUUACCAUCACGAGUAAGGUCAGGUUAGCCUCAACUCUGCUUCCAAUCAAGUCUGUAGGUGUUCAGGGUGAUGGUAGAACAUACUCCUACGUUGCAGGUCUGUCUUCAGAUGAGGAGUCACCUGACUGGGAAUCUAUUAUGCAGCUGUCUAAACUCAUUCCUAAGAUAUGCCACAGUGUUAACAGGAUUGUGUUUAUCUUUGGUGAACCGGUAACGGAAACGAUUCAAGACGUAACACCAACCUUCCUCACUCCCAACGUCCUGGGGACGCUGAGACAAGCUGACUACUAUGCUAGAGAAGAGCUUGUCAAUAGUGGAUACGACAAGAAGAUCAGCCAGAUGCCCAUAAUCCUUGCACCGGUCCACUUUGACCGCGACCCUGUGAUGCAUCAGCCAUCGUGCCAGCGAAGCGUCGCUAUCCGAACGUUCAUCACGAACGACUUCAUGACCGGUAUCCCUGCCCAGCCAGGCAAACACAUACCAGAGGAUGUUAUCAUGAGGAUAGUGAAGGCCGUUUACAGCGUACCAGGGAUCUCGCGAGUCAUGUACGACCUCACAGCCAAGCCACCGGGAACGACAGAAUGGGAAUGAUGACAACGGUUCAACAACCUUUUGAGACAGAUUAAAAGACUUGCAAGCAGGGAUGUGUGUUAAGGAGUGUAUGCUUAGAUGGAGUGGAGUGCCUAAGAACGGGUUUGCUGCCCUCGCCCUGUUCCGUUGUGAAUGAGAUGUGGAAGCAGCAGGGUUGAAAGAUAUUUUUUGAUCAGAGAAAGUGCCCUAGAUAAAGAUAAGAUAGUGAGCGUGAAGUGCGAUGUUAUUUAUUAAAACUCAAGGGUAAUUGACUAUAUGGCAUAGGGAAAAAAGUUCAGUAUUUGAGUUGGUUACAAAAAUCAUAACAGGAUCUAUUUCUUUUCUUCUUCUUUUUUACAAGGUAUGAACCCUUUGUGAAAUCUUCACUUUUUUUAUUUAAUUUAAUUUGCAGAAUCAUAUUGUUUCAAGUUAAUGUGGAAAAAUGUGCUAUUCAAAGGACUACCAAAUUUGGGGCUAAAUGUGAAGCAUUGUCAGUAAUGAAUAUUUGAAAAUAAUAAUUGACUCUGAAUCAACACAUUCUAUAUUGUAUUGAAUAUUUGCAUAACAUAUUUAUAUUGUUGCCAUCGGGCUAAUUACCCUGAAUUUUGCAUGGACUUUGCAAAUUUGCCGUUAUGUAUAUUUGAAACUUUGCACAAAAACUGACCAUCUUUUCAGUCAUGUCCCCACUUGAAGGAAGGUGCUUGAAAAGAUUUGAGUUUCAUCAUGAAAAGCUUUCAAAAAUAUUGACUUCCACAGUCUCUCCUGCAGUGGUAUUCUUGAAUGGGAUUAAUUUUUGCAUGGAAACUUUUUUUCCGAACAUUUCAAGUGAAAUAGUUCAUUAAUCCUUGGGCAGUUACUGUAUACACUGAUGACAGACACAGACAAUUUUGCAAACCCUUGUUUGUCUAAUAGGACUAUUUACAGUAAACGUUAAGACAUGCAUUGCCAGCCCAAUCCCUGUUGUUCAAUUGAUGACCCUGGAGCAUACUGCAAAAAAUAUAACCCUCUCAAAAACAAGGCUUAUACAUUGAUUAUUAUGUUUUUUUUUAUACCUACCUUCCUUCCCUUUUUCUUUUGACUGAUUGAGACUACUGAAAAUACAACGGUACGUUUCCCCUCCCUUUUAGCAUUCAGCUUAGUAAUUUGUGAAGGCAGAGAGUAUUCAUGUGCAUAAGGGUAUAUGGAGAAAAUUAUGCAUAGAAAAUCUCAAAAUUCAUUAAUUUUGUUUAUUUUUCUGAAGUGGUUUAAAUUUCUAUUUUUCAGUGAUAUUUUUAAAGUCUAUUUACAGGGUUUGAGAGAAUUUUAAUUGGACAUAGAUAGAGUUUAUUGAAUAGCGCUUGGUUUAUUUUUGAUGCAUUUUAUGAUUUGAAGUUAAGAUGAUUUUUUUUUUCCCUGUUUGAAGGUUAGUUCACAUAUGUUUGGUAAACAACAGCAGUUUAUCGCAGAGGUUGUUUUAGCUUACUGCGAUUUACAUUUUCGUAUCUUAUGAAAUACAAAAGAAUGAGUACCGGUAUGUGUUGGACCUUUAUUGCGCGUCGCUAGUUUUUCAUCCCCUCUUGCCAUUGGGGUGUCGUAGAGCUAGUUGUCGUGGUCUAGCGGAUACGUCGCCAUACUGUAAAUCACAUGGUUCGUGGUUCGAGUCCUGCCGCGGCACUAAUGUCCUUUGGCAAGACAUUAAUCUACAUUUACCACUCUCCACCCAGGUGUUAAAUGGGUACCAAGUAGGAUGCAAAUGUUACUGUGGUGGGUUUUGCAUGUGGUGCCUGGUCUGAAUACUCCCCAGUAUCAUGUGCGGAUUAGCCAUUGAAUCCAAUGGUUGGGGUAAGAAUUACAAAGUAAAGCGCUUUAAACACAACUGUUAAACUACUCCAAGAAACGUAAUAUUAAAGGCCAUACAAAUGUGACUUAUUAUUAUUCACCAAGUUCACAAAAAACUGCUGUGGUUUACUGUGGAAUAUGUGAUCAGGCCUUUAAUACCGUUUUGUGUGAUUUUGUUAAAUAUCAGUGUUGUUUCAUGUUCCUUGUAAUACUAUCUCAAGAAGGUUAUAUUUUUGUUACAUUUUUUGUUUGUUUAUGGCUUGUUGGGUUGCACAGUAGUAUAUGUGAGGCCACUUACAAGAAUUACUAGUCAUGCUGAAGUCUCAUAAAAAGUCUCAAACAUUAUUCCAAGUGAACAUUAGAUACAAAAAAAUUGGCCACAAAGGCAUGGAGCCAGUUUCUUGAACUAUCACAAGUCUAGAUUCGUGGACACCUCUUUGAAGGGCAUAUUCAUUUUAAAUACAGCACAGAUUUCAAUGGGAUAUCUGCAAUUUUUGACCCGUGACAGCUCCUGGAGCUGCAUCCAGUUGUCUUUGGUUAUCCUUUUUGAUAUAGCACUACACAUAUUUAUGUCCUAAUAUAUUCAAAACAAGUAUUGGAUGAUUAACUAUUCAUGUUGUGAAUGAAUUUCAGUUGGGCUUGUUUAUCUUUGAAAUAAUACCUCCAUUUUUGUAAAGGCAUAAUUUAUUCUCUAAUAUAUAGUGCAAAUGUCAUACAUUGUAUGACCUUGAGGAUUAUGGCCUUUUAAAGGUUAAAGUUCAUCUUUCAUAAAUGGACAGUAAUGGUGUUAUUUAACCCAUGACCUACUAGAAUCGGAUGAUUCCUGUCUUAAACAUAUAGGGAAUAUGAGAAUUUAGAAGUCAAUGGAUUAACUUGAAUUCGACUCCUACUGCUGCUUCUACUUCUACUUCAACACAUACUGCUGCUUGUACUUUUACUGUUACUUCCAUAUUUGUACCAGUCCAGCUACUACGGGAAGACCCACCAAUGACUGACGUCUUAUUAUGCCUUGACAGUUGUUCCUACUGUUAAGUUACGCACAAAUAAUGCCAUUUGUUUACUUGUAUUUUUGUAUUUCAAAUGGGAAGCGGUAAAAUAUAUUACUUACAGGAUUCCAUGAGUUUUAAGUUUGCAUCCUCAGUCAAGGCAAUGUAAUUUAUUAUGCUGUUUUCCUACCGGCAAACCUGUGAUAUAGGGCUUGAGAACACGACAUGGACAAUAUUUGUGAGUUCACAAUUUUCAACUACAAUUUUCCAGUCGGGAAAUAAUUGAUAAUAUUUAAUAAGCAUGAUCCAUUUUCCCUGUAUGAAUUUCCCCUUGAAAGGUUGGUCACAAAUUGCCAGGGUUCACUCCUAAUUGUACAGGAACUGCAACUUGUAAAAUUGUCCAAUCAAAAUGAAGGUGAUUACAGAUACCUGAUAUUAGAAAGUUGCUCAUGAAUGGCCAGUUGAAUUAAUUUUGAAAUGCAUUGUAUGGAAUGAAGCCUGAAACAAGUAGUCCAUAAUGUUAUAAAACUCUGGGACUGUUCUUAAUCCGUCACUCUCUAGCUUAGAGAUCAUGGACAGUGAGGGCAGUAUUUUGGUAGAAACAUAGCGAAUAGAGAGCGAUAGUUGUGACAUGUACUGAAUAUGAGACAUUCUAGAGUGAGCACCAUGAGUCAGUUAUAUAGGGGCUAUAUGAAAAGCCAUUAGACAGAAAUAAUCUUUUCAGAUUGAAAAGCUAUAACCCAACAGCAACAACAAUCAUGUGCAUUCAAAGGUCAAUUAAUGGGGCUCCAAAUAGUGCCCUCCCACAUUCAACCACUACAAAGGAGGGAUCCAUAGAGAGAACUUAUUUAUAUUCAUCUUUAUGUAAUCUAUUCAGUGCUCAUUGUUGGAAUGUGUGCUUGUCGCAACUUCAUCUCUCUACUAGCUAUGGUUGGAAAGUUGUUCUAAAGUGCCUCUAUUUGAAUAAAGAGAACAAGUGUCACUUUUCUUCGGUGUAUCUUGUAUAGUCAUUGUGCUCACCACACUGCACAUGUUUUUUCUUCUGAUGUGAAUGGACUGUUAUUGUUGUAUUAUAUGAGUAUAUUAUAAAAAUGCUUAAAAUUAUUCAUAAUAAAAACUUUCUUGUGUUUGGCAAA